CACAAGAAUCACAUAAACAAUACCAUUAAAAGACAGUCUUUAUAUGUUCAGAGGAAAACUGAAAGGAUAAAGUAAUCUCAAAUUGUUAAAAACUUGAGAUUAUUUCAUUUAAAAAUAAUAAAGUGGCCAAAAUCACAUAUACAAUAGACCUACCAUUAGAUCUUUAUAUAAUCUCUUCAAUGGAAAACGGAAUUUAUGAAAUUGUUUAAAACAUAUUAACAAUGUAGGCUAUUAUUAUUAUUGUUAUUAUUAUUAUUAGCUAUUGUGUCGACUGUUAUUAAGAAAUGUUCUUUUCCACAACAAACCAUACAAUACACGGGCGUUUUAUGUAGCUUGUGAACAUGGAGUCUAUGCGCGCAAACAUAUCAGGGAAGUCUCUCUUGUUGUUUUUCUUACCGCUCACAGCCUCUAUUGGCUUUGGCGAGACUCCGUGGCCUCACGAUGAUCAUUUCCACCAAUGACAGAACAGUGCGCAUGAUGCGCGCGCCAAGUGCAAAGCCCAACGCGGAGAAUUCGCCUUUUUUUCUAAAGGGGCGUAUUUUUCUUGCCAAUUUAAUUACAAACCAACGUUCAAUGCACACGAUACACUCUGCAAUAAUGUCAGGCGCCUAUUUGAAACACUCGGGCACCAUGUCAAGGUGAUAGUGUUGUGUAAACAGCCGGGAUGUAUGUUUAGAAACGUUUUUGUAGGAAGUCUCAUCAAUGGAGGGUUGAGGAAGCCCGUCUUGCUACAGAAGAGGACGCUGUCGCCCCUGGAUAUGACCGGCAUUCCCUAUCGUUUCAAGCGAUCGAUAAAAGAGUACCUAUGUCCAUUCAUAUUUUGAGAUUUAUAUAGAGGAUAACUUCAAUGAGAAAGUUAAGGAAACGAGUUGGCCAGUCCAGGGCUGGAGGCUUUGGCAGAGGAAUGGUCAGAGGAGAGGAUCAGGGUCAAGUCGGUCCAUCCAGCCAUGGCGACAUGGACGCUCUACUCUGUCCACCAUCUCCAUGCAGACUGAACUUCUCUAUGACCAGAGACACACUUACGUAUGCGCAAGCUCAGAAAAUGGUGGAGAUUGAGCUGGAGGGAAGGCUUCACCGGAUCAACAUCUAUGACCAGCUCUCUGUCGUAACCGAGGACGAAAUGCUGGCUCAGGAUCUGACGGAGUGCAACAGUAACAAAGAGAACAGCGAGCAAAGACAGGGAAACAAACAAACUGUGUCUAAAAACAAGCGGAAAGAUGGAAAACACGCAGCCAAAAAGAGAUCUGGCUCUCAGUAUGGCUUGCAAAGCCAGGUUGCUCAUUCGCAAAUCCCCCUGCCAAAGCCUACGUUUCGUAAGGUGGACACUUUCACGGCCUCAGAGGCCCCUCCUCUUCCUGUGGCUUAUUAUCGCUAUAUGGAGAAGUCAGGGGAGGAGUUGGACAACGAGGCUGAGUAUGACAUGGACGAGGAGGACAUGGCUUGGCUAGAGAUGGUGAAUCAAAAACGUGUGUCCGACGGCCACGCUUCCGUCCCCCCUGAUACUUUUGAAUUACUGAUUGACCGGCUUGAGCGAGAGUCCAUUUUGGAGUCCCGCAGCCAGGCGCUGUCCCAAAGCACCAUCGACGAGGAUGCCUACUGUUGUGUUUGCCUUGACGAUGAGUGUCUCAACAGCAACGUCAUCCUGUUUUGUGACAUCUGCAACCUCGCCGUGCACCAGGAAUGUUACGGGGUGCCUUACAUCCCCGAGGGUCAGUGGCUGUGCAGGCGCUGUCUGCAAUCCCCGUCACGACCCGUCGAUUGUGUCCUCUGCCCGAAUCGGGGAGGUGCAUUCAAACAAACCAGCGACGGAAGUUGGGCCCAUGUCAUCUGUGCCAUAUGGAUCCCAGAAGUGUGCUUUGCCAACACCGUGUUCCUGGAGCCCGUGGAGGGAGUGAAGAACAUUCCUCCUGCGCGAUGGAAGCUCACCUGUUACCUGUGCAAACAGAAAGGCAGGGGGGCGUCUAUUCAGUGCCACAAAGCAAACUGCUACAGGGCGUUUCAUGUCACUUGUGCCCAGAGAGCUGGUCUCUAUAUGAAAAUCGACCCUGUGCGGGAGACCGGCACGCACGGCACCACUUUUACUGUGAAGAAAACCGCUUAUUGCGAGAACCACUCGCCCCCUGGCACGGGCACCGAGGGGGAUGAAGACAAUGGGUUGGUGGGGGGCAGGGGUAACAGAGGUCAGAGGUCGUACACAUUAGGCCCUCCGCUGCAGCAGAACCAGAAUGGCCGGAAAAAAGGUUCAGCCACACAACAGAAGAAAACGCAGAAGAACGGGACCUCGCGGAAGACAGGAGUGCCCCUACUGUUGGUGCCGCAGAUACCCUCUUUUAGGCUCAACAAGAUUUGCACAGGAGUCUCUGUUGAAAGGAAAAAUCAGUUUAUGCAGAGACUCCACAAUUACUGGCUGCUGAAGCGUCACUUUCGCAACGGAGUGCCACUCAUCCGCAGGCUCCAUUCUCAUCUACAGGCUCAGAAGUCUGAGCAGAGAGAGCCAGACACAAAGUUGCAGGCUGUCAGGGAAGAGCUGAAGUAUUGGCAGAAGCUUCGACAGGACCUGGAAAAAGCUCGACUUCUUAUUGAGCUCAUACGAAAGAGGGAGAGACUUAAAAGAGAACAGAUGAAACUUCAGCAGGCUGCGCUGGAGCUGCAGCUCACCCCUGCGCUGGUGUUUCUGCGCUCUACACUGGAACAGCUGCAAGAGAAAGACAUAGAUCAUAUUUUCACCACACCAGUCAAUUUGAAGGAGGUUCCAGAUUAUCUGGAGUUUGUUACUGAGCCGAUGGACUUCUCUACAAUGCAUGACAAACUGGAGGCCCAUAAAUACUCAUCAGUGGCUGACUUGGAGAAUGAUUUCAAUCUCAUGAUAUCCAACUGUCUGAGGUACAACUCCAAUGACACAGUGUUCCACAAAGCUGCCAUGCAACUCCGAGAGGUGGGCGGAGCUAUCCUGAGACACGCCCAACAUCAGGCUCUCAGCAUAGGCCUUGAUCCUAGCACAGGCAUGCACCUGCCAGAUAAGCCCAGCGCGCACAAUGCCACAGUCUCCUGGUGGGAUGAAGUUGACUUGCUUUUGGACCCUGAAAAUCGCGUGCACAUGUGUCCUGAGGACCAGCUGAAAACCCUGCUGGACAAACUGGAUCUGGUGGCAUCUAUGCGCACAAGCGGAGGUCGUACAAAACGCAUGCGCCUGCUGCGCAGAGAAAUUAACAGCCUCCGUCACAAGAUCAGCCACCAGGACCGCAACUCACGACUGCUGAAUGGGAAAAUUAGAGAGGAGAAGAGCAAAGAGGGAAAGAGUGAGGAGAAGAUGGAUUACAUAACCUCUAAUACAGACCCCAAAAAAUCAACAUCACAGAAAGUGCAAAAACCCACUUGCCCAGCCUCUUCACCUUUACCUGGAGAUUCUCCACCAAACCCGCCUAUGUUCUGCCUUGAGACGGGACGGACCACCACUCCAGCGCAGUCAAAUAAACCUGGCAGCAGAAAACAGAGGGCGAAAGGAAAAGAAAGAGGCCUGAGAGAAAAUCACGAUCAGACUUUAGAAGAAGAUGAGAACUUCCACACAAAAGAGGAGGAUACCAGCCCUCAGGAGGACACUGUGAGCAGGGUUUCCUCCGCAGAGAGCCUGUCUGAUUCACCCAAGAUGGGUGUGGGUCGUCGGACAUCAAUUCUCUUCAAGAAAGCGAAAAAUGGAGCCAGACUGACAAAGGACAAGCCUGUUUUAUUGCAAAACGGAGUCAGCAAAGCUGAAAAUGAUGCGUCGCCAGAGCAGACCACACCAGCCAAAUUACUGUCAGCACCACCAGCCCCAAAAUCGCCCUCUCCGUCCUCUCACCAGCUGAGAUCCAGAGGACUGAGUACAUGCUCAGACAACGAAGGUGAAAAGGCCCACUCUCCGCCAGAAGAGAAUGGCUUCACAAAUGGACUCAAGAGACACAGCGGCAACUCAUCAGAUUCAGAAAGCUGCACUCCCACCUUCCCAACACACAGUUCCUCACCUCCAAAACGCAGUCGUGGUAAACCAGCUCUCAGCAAAGUUCCUGUUGGUGAGGAGGAGAAUGAAGUUACUAAUACAGGCAGAGAUACUUCUCAAAAUGACGACGAGAUGGAACCUCUUACCUUGGUUUGGGCAAAAUGUCGUGGGUACCCGUCAUACCCUGCAAUGAUUGUCGAUCCUAACAUGCCCCGGGAAGGAAUUCUUCACAACGGCAUUCCCAUCCCAGUUCCUCCUACAGAUGUUUUGGAUCUGGGUAAACGCAGACAGGAGGAGACAGAGGAGAAGCUCUUUCUUGUGCUGUUUUUCGAUACAAAAAGAACCUGGCAGUGGCUGCCAUUGGACAAGCUCCAUCACAUGGGCAUUGACGACACUGUAGACAGACUGCGUCUGAUGGAGGGAAAGAAACCCAAUGUGCGGAAGUCAGUGCACAUGGCGUACGACAGGGCGAUGACACACCUGAGCCAUGUACAGGAAAACUCGACUUUUAACCCCUCAAAUUUUAUAUAAAAGACUUCUAUCAAAUUUUAUGUCUAAACUGACUGAUACCAAUGAAGGUACGUUCAUAACAUUCAGAUGUUUAUUGGUUUUUAUACCAGUGGAAGGCAGAUUCAUAAGCUAAUUUUUGUCUUCUGCCCUGUUUUCCUACCCUCCAAAACUCAAGGCACAUCAUAAAUCAAAAGCUGGUUUUAUUCACUUUUAACAUACUCAUUCAACCAAGAUUUCUAUGAAUGUUUUAAAUUCAGUUGUUUUAAUUGCACUUAUUUCUUUAUGUUGAAAAUGUUUUGCCACUCAUUCCGUUUUCGGCAGUUUUAUUGAAUGUGAGGUGAUGGUUGUAUCACUUAUGUUGCCAAUGCACCAGGGUGUUUGGGCAGUAUGACUCAGGAACUUUGUGCUAGAAUGCAACAGUUGUAACAGUUUACUUGGAUACAUUUCUGGAUUGAGUAAAUGCAUGCACACAAAAAAGUCCUAUUGCCCUUAGAUUUGCUGGUUAAUCAUUCUAGCGUGACCACGUAUGCUUUUUGUAUUUAUCAGGUCUGGUGACUACCAUAACUGUUUUUACCUACUGUGAGAUGCCACUUAAUGCUAUUUUUUUAUUUUUUUUUGGCACUAACAUCCAGCAUCUAUUUUGUCCUUUUUAAGUUAAUAUGUGCCCGUUUAUUUUAAAGAAAGGAUGUCUGUGUCGACAAGCUUGUAAUUGUGUGUGGAGAUCACUGUGUAAAUAUAAAUGCAUGUAUGUAGAAAAUAUGCACAAAUGUGUUUUUAAAAUCUGAAAUGUAAAUUAAUGACAAACUUUGUACAUGUCAUUUUAAUUUAUUUGGAGUGGUUAUGGAAAAAGUUAUUUAAUAGUAAUUGAGAAGGUUUAAUUUAACAGCUCUGUAGAGCUUUAUAUUGUUCAGAAAGCAUUAAUGCUUUAAUGCAAUUGUUCCUUAGAGGUCUUCAGUGAGAGAACAUUAUAGAAUCAAAUAUUACGUAGUCUCUUAGAUCAUGUACGCAGAGUAAAUAAGAAAUGUGUUUUUUAAAGCCUGUGAAAAGCUAAUAGUACCAAACAAAAAAUGUCUGAAACAGUAUUUUCUCAAACGAGAAAUAAAAACACUGUUGAGCUGA